GGGAGGUGACGGCUGUGGCGCGGCCGGGGUGGAGGCGGGGCCGGGGCCGGCGGGACGGUGGCUCGGAGGUUAUAGGGGGAGAUCCCUGGUUGGGACGGGGACGGUGGCCGGUAUGGAGCACCUGGAACGUUGCGCCUGGUUCAUAAGGACUACUCUGGUGCGGACGACGGUGCGGCGCUACUUGCCCUGGACGCUGGUCGCCUUCAUGCUGUGCGGCUCCCUUGUUAAGGAGUACUCUCCGUUGCCCCCAAGCUACCUCAGCAACAAGCGCAAUGUUCUCAACGUGUAUUUUGUCAAAGUGGCCUGGGGCUGGACCUUCAUUCUCCUCCUGCCUUUCAUUGCCCUCACCAACUAUCAUCUGACAGGGAAGGCUGGUGUGGUCCUCAGGCGGCUGUGCACACUUCUGGUGGGGACAGUGAUCUGGUAUGUGACCACAACUGUCUUCUGGAAAAUUGAGCACUACACAGGCAACUGCUACAAAUCAUCUGCCCUGGAAAGUAUCCAAAAAGAAUUUAACAGCAAGGAGGAAUGCCGUAAAGGUGGCGGUUUCUGGCAAGGCUUUGACAUCUCUGGCCACUCUUUCCUUCUGACCUACUGUGUUCUAUCCAUUGUGGAGGAAAUGGCUGUUCUACAAGAUGUCAAGAUGGACAGGAACCAUAACAUGCACUUUGCUCUUACUUCCUUGGUUGUUGCCUUGGGCUGCUUGACAUACAUUUGGGUUUGGAUGUUCCUUUGUACUUCUGUUUACUUCCAUGACCUGUCCCAGAAAGUGUUUGGUACCCUGUUUGGCUUGGUGGGCUGGCAUGGAACAUAUGGCUUUUGGUACCGGAAACCCUUUUCUCCUGGACUUCCUCCCCAGAGCUCCAGUCUGAAUUUGAAGCAAGAUAGUUACAAGAAGUAAAGGAAAGAUCAGGGAGGAGCAAGAUUAAACUUUUUUCAUUUUUCUUAAUUAGGUAUUUUUGCGCAGUUAUCAAUCCUAUCUCAUUUGAUAGUUUUAGCAAAUGCAUGACACUUGACAGACUCACAGCAAGGAAAAAGAUGCAAAACAUCAUAAAUCCCCCAAAAGGAAAUUGUCUGGGAUCAUUUAAUGUAGGGGCAAUAUCUCUGAAUAUGAAUCGUGCUAUUUAACCAGAUUGACCUAGGCUUCGUCUGACCUUCACCUGGGUCUUCUUUGUUUUUAAGGUCUUUUGGGGACCAGGACUAAGGUACAUGAUGAAUGGCUAGUUGUGCCUAAAUGCAAAGUUAAGGGCCCCAGAAUUGUCUUUAUCCUCUGCUGUCUCCUAGACACCAUUUAUCUUUAUAUUUGAUUGACUCUUAAUAUUAUUUAAACAUUUGCCUCGGAUAUUCUUUGCAUAUGUCUUUCAGGCCUGGAUCUGGCCCAUGGGGUCUGGAAAAGCCUGGAAAAACAAUCUUCUUGUAAUAUUUACAUUUCUUCAGUUGACUGUAAAUAUUGCAGCCAGAUUCUAAUUGACUACCUUUUAAACUGGAGUGCCUUAAAGACAAAAGUAUUAGAUAACUUAUGUACUCACUGAAAGUGAGUAAUUGUCUAUCAGUGUUUUGUCAAAACUAUGAGAAUGCUUGUUUCUUUGAGUAAAUUCUGUAUAAUUGUUAGCAGGAUGUGGGUUGUUGGUUAAAGCCUUACCUGACAAAGUUCUUAAGGUUUACAACUUCCAGUCGUGUGUUUUGUUAGAAACUUAAGUUAUUUUGUUUCAUCUUUUUCCCCCUUUUUUUGCCUUUGAGCACUGACUUUUGAAAAACCAAAAAUUGUGGUUUGUAAUGUUAAAAUAAGUUGCAGUUCAAAAAAUUGUAGAGAAAGGAAGGUAACUUAAUUUUAAGAAAUUUCUUAACUUAUUAUAUUCGAGAUGAUCUUGGCAGAAUUAAUCUUUGAACUAAAAUCUCAUUUUCUUGAAUAUCACUCAGUGAUAUAUCAGGUAAAAAAUGCAUAAAUUGGUCUUCCAUGUCCUAAAGUUUUCUGUUCUGGAAAAAAUCAUGAUACGUUUUUUAGUUUUUGAAAUGAAAAAUUUCCCAUUUUGAGUGGUGUCAAGAAGCCAGGGCAUUUAGAAAAUACCCUGACUAGGAGAGAUAGGUUCUAGGCCUGGCUCCUCCACUGUGAAUUUUGUCAAGGCCUUUCCUUCUUUGGGCCUUGAUUCCCUCAUCUGUAAAACAAAAAAUUGGACUAGAUCUCUAUGGACCUUCUUUUGAUUUUCAAUUAAAUUUUCUUUUCAGAUCUGCAUUUUCUUCCUGCCAUCUCCACCUAACCUUGCUUCCAAGUAAGAAAGCAAGAAAAACAAAACAAACACGUCAAAAUACAUAAAGUUAAACAAAAAAAUUUCCCACAUUAGCCAUGUCAAGAAAAAAAAAGUUCAAUUUGCACUCUGAGUUCAGAGUGCCUUUCUAUCAAGAGAUAGGUAGCAUGUUGCAUCUUGGAAUUCUGGUUGGUCAUUUUGGAGAUCAGGGCAUUUAAAUCUUUCACAACUGAUGAUCUUUAACAAUAUUACUAUUACUCUAAAUUAUUCUCCUAGCUCUGCUCACCUCACUCCUCAGCAGUUCAUACAAGAAUACACGUUUUGCUGAAACCAUUCUGUUCAUUGUUUCUUAUAGCACAGUAGUAUUAUAUCACAUAUAUAUGGAGCAAUUUUUUUCCAGCCAUUCUCAAUUGAUGGGUAUCUCCUCAGUUUCCAAUUCAUUACCACCAAAAAAAGGAGCUGUUACAAAUAUUUUUUGUAUAUAUGAAUCCUUUUCCUCUUUCUUUUGGAUGUAGAACAUAGAAAAUUGCUGGGUCAAAGAGUAUGCACAGUUUAAUAGCUUUUUGGGCAUAGUUCCAACUUGCUUUCCAGAAUGGCUUGAUCAUUUCACAAUUCCACCAAAUAGUGCAUUUAAUAUACAUGUUUUCCCACAGCCCCUCAACAAAUUUGUCAUUAUCUAUUUUUGUCAAUUUGACUGAUCCUAUGGGUGUGAGAUGGAACCUCAGAGUUGUUUUAUUUUGCAUUUUCCUAAUUAUUAGUGAUUUAGAGCAUUUUUUUCAUAUUGUUAUUGACAGCUUGGAAUUUUUUCCUCUGGAAACUGCCAGUUCAUACUCUUUGACCAUUCAUCAACAUAAAUUUGAAUCAGUUCUAUCUAAGAGCCCUUCUGGCUCUAACAUUUUAUGUGCUUAUUAACAACAAUAGUAAAUGAUGAUGAUAACAAUGGUAGCUUACAGAACAUUUAAAAAAGUUUACAAAAUACUUUCCUCGUGACCCUAUGAGGAGACCUCAUUUUACAAAUGAGGACACUUGGCUUCAGGACAGUGAAAUGACUUCUCUGAUUUCAGAUCCUUUGCUCUUUCCCCUAUGUUAUGCUGCCUCCUGGUUCUGUAUUCUGGCAUUUUUUUCUAGUUUUAAUAGUCAGUGUUCUAAGAUGUUCCCAUUCUGACAGUUGGUUCUAUUAAUCUGCAUUGUAAAGUUCCUUCUAACUCAGUUGUUUGUUUCUUAGCUUUGUCUCUAUUCUCCCAUUCUGUCUGUACUGCUAAAGCUCAUUUUCUCUAGAUCAGAUUCCAGCUUUGUUGUUUGGUGGCCUCCAAAAUGAGAUUAGGGGAAGUGGCAGUAAUGUUACCACCUCUUUCCAGUGGAAUAUGGUUGAGCAUUCAGAAGUUGUAAUUCCCUGGUCAUCUUCACCCAUGGGAUACCUCAUUAAGUAUUCUGUUUUGUUUUUUUCUAGCCCUUAUUUCUGUCUUAGAAUAGAUUCUAAAUAUUGAUUCUAAGGCAGAAGAGCAAUAAGGGUUAGGCAAUUGGGGUUAAAUAGACUUUCCCAGGGACACUGUGUUAGAAAGUAUCUAAGGUCAGACUUGAAUUCAAGACCUCCUGACUCUAGGCCUGGUACUCUGUCCUCUAUGCUGCCUAGCUACCCCUUAAAUCUUCUAGUCACUUAAACAAAACCAGUCUUGAGAAGCAGUUUUAUCUUCAACUCUAACCUCAAUAAUAGUAUUAAAUAAUGAACACUACAUUUUACUGCCAAAGCUCAAGGUUUUAUGGUGAGCUAUAGAAAGCAGUGGCUGCAAAUCUCCUGUAAAGAUGUAUUUAUGUUAUGUGUUUCUGCCUCCUCAGAGUGUCAGGUUAAUUGUUGAUGAAUGAAAUAACAGAUGUAAUUACACCCACUGUGACUGACUAGUGGGAUUUUAGAGGCAAACAGCAUUGUGUUAGAUGUGUUGAUUGGAUUUGAUGGGCCCUGACAUCAAAUCUGAAGUUUGGACCAAACAGGUUUAUUAAAGGGACCUCCCACUUUUCCUGCCUCCUGAAACUGAGAUAUAUUUCUCAGGUUCUGUCUUCAGCAUCUAAAGGUAACUGUCAGAAAUACACUUUAUUGACUCAGGAAGUUUGUUUGCCAGACUUAAAUUUUGGAAUGUUUUUCUCAUACUCUAGGUCUGGUUUGGGCUCAGUGUCUUAUUCACUAUGUGUUGUGAGAGUCAGUUAUACAUAGUAAGUCCAAGAUAGCAAGAAAUAUUUGGUUCUCCUGAAUGAACUAUAGUUCUCCUCCUCCCUCAGGAUCCUCUGUCGUUAUUAUUUUAAAGGGGGAACAAGCAACACAUUUGUCCUCUUCUAGGCUGAGUCUUAGGACAUCUUGAUUCAGCAUUCAAAAAAUGUUUAUCAAAUGCUCUUCAGAAGCUUUGUAUUAGGAUACUUAGCUUGGUUAAGUUUCCUUCUUGAAUGGUCCCUUUUCUCAUAUCUGCUGGGCUAAUGAUCCAUUUUGUUGCACUUCUGUCUAGCAAGAGCAAGCCAGACUCUCUGACAGCCUUUAAAAAAAAUCAAAGUCUAUGGACCCGUAAGGCUCCAUUUCUUUGUGUCCUUAUGGCUUCUCAAGAGUCUCCUCCUCCCACCCACAAAUGUAGAAGAAUAAGGAGAGAUGGAAGAAAUCAGGACGUAGUUUGGGCAAAGAGCAAGAGUUACAUCUCCUAUAUUCCACUUGGAUGCCAUUUUGGGUCUGUGUCUCAUGUUCCAAACUUAGUCUUGUUAUGUGUAUUAAAAAGUAAAUGUUGUCAUCAGGUGCUGAGAAAGAGCCUUCCAAGGGUGUCUGGGGGUCACAUAAUGAUGUCAUUGUUUUGUCUUCCAGUGUGAGGUUCAUUCACUUGGGAGCCUUAUUCUCUAGGCGCAUCUGUUAGUUUGAGCACCAGAUUGUAUUUAAGGAAUGGCUCUUGUCGUUGUUAUAUACACUGUAGAUUGUGUGUGUAAAUAAUAGAAUUAAAGUAAACUGAAAAAUGGAAA